AUGGCGAGAUGCCUUGAUGUAAACAGAACAGGGCCACAGGUUGUGCUCAGCGUGUACGGACCAGACGUGUUCGGGAACGACGUGGUCCGAGGCUACGGGGCAGUGCACGUGCCUUUCUCUCCUGGCAGGCACAAAAGGACCAUCCCCAUGUUUGUCCCAGAAUCUACAUCUAAGCUGCAAAAGUUCACAAGCUGGUUCAUGGGACGGAGGCCUGAGUACACGGACCCCAAGGUGGUGGCUCAGGGUGAAGGCCGGGAAGUGACCCGCGUCCGCUCCCAGGGCUUUGUCACUCUCCUCUUCAACGUGGUGACCAAGGACAUGAGGAAGCUGGGCUACGACACUGGGCCUGUGGACAUGCAGGGGGUCUCGGGGCCCAGCCUGCCCCAGGACCUCCCCCAGUGAGCCUGGCCAAGCAGCUGCAGACUGAGCGGCUCCCACAACGCCAGGCGGCCACUGCCGAUCCACCUGCCUGCUCCAGUGUAGUUGGGGGGUGGGGUUGGGGGGGGAAUAUUUUC